UUUAGCCUGAGUCGGUCGCAGAUUGAUGACGUCAGAAAAUUGCGCUUGUGUUCGCCGGUCCCAGCGUGUUGCCGUACCUUGGAGAUGGCUUCUCGUAGCCGGAGACCCGAACACAGCGGACCGCCAGAGCUGUUUUAUGACCAGAAUGAAGCCCGGAAAUACGUUCGCAACUCACGGAUGAUUGACAUCCAGACCAAGAUGACUGAGCGAGCACUGGAGCUCCUCUGCUUGCCAGAGGGUCAGCCCUCUUACCUGUUAGACAUCGGCUGUGGUUCUGGACUGAGUGGAGAUUAUAUCUCAGAAGAGGGACACUAUUGGGUGGGCAUUGACAUCAGCCCUGCCAUGUUGGAUGCCGCCUUGGACAGAGACACAGAGGGCGACCUGCUGUUAGGAGACAUGGGCCAGGGAGUCCCUUUCAGACCGGGUUCUUUUGAUGGCUGCAUCAGCAUCUCUGCCGUGCAGUGGCUCUGCAACGCAAACAAGAAGUCGGAUGUCCCCGCCAGGCGCCUCUACCACUUCUUCUCGUCUCUGUACUCUGCCCUUGUUCGUGGGGCCCGAGCCGUCUUGCAGCUGUACCCCGAGAACUCAGAGCAGCUGGAGCUGAUCACAACCCAGGCCACAAGGGCAGGCUUCACUGGCGGUGUGGUGGUAGACUUCCCCAACAGUGCCAAAGCAAAGAAGUUCUACCUCUGUCUGUUUUCUGGGCCAUCCACCUCCCUGCCAAAGGGGCUGACUGAAAGUGAGGAUGCAGACCAGGCCUGCGAGUCCACUUUCACCAGUGAGCGGGCUCCACACAAGAAGGCGCGGAGGGUCCUGGUGAAGAAGAGCCGGGAGUGGGUCCUGGAGAAGAAGGAGAGGCGCAGGCGCCAGGGCAAGGAGGUCAGACCUGACACCCAGUACACUGGCCGCAAGCGCAAGCCCCGCUUCUGAGGGCACUGCAUCUAGUCAAUUGGAGAGCCUGUCCGCCCACACCUGCAUCCAGUCCUGCCGACUGCCCUGGGCACCCACUCUGUUCAGAGAGUGGGAGCUGUCCAACCCAGGACCUGCCUCUGAGGAAUUUUCUGGACUGAACUGUUUACCUCAGCAGCUAGCAACAUAGUAUUUUAGAAAAGUUGGGAAGCUCUCAAAAUAUUUUUUCACUAAGAGUUCCAGGGAUCUGGGUUUGGCAGCUCAGAUCCUGUAAUCCCAACACCCUCCCGGGAGUCUGAGACAAGAAGAUGGAAAGUUCCAGGCAAGCCAGUCUGGGCUACACAGCAAAAACCUGUCUUAAAAAAACAAAAAAAGAAAAUUUCUAAGGAUGUUUUAUUUUGUCCUAAAUGCAUUAAAUUUCUUUCUAAGUAA